CGACAGCACAACGUUCAUUGAGCAUCUCAUCAAUGCGGAUGCGGCGGAGAUGCAGGCAUAGCUGCUCGGCUCCGAAGAGCGAGUAGAGAUUCUGCGCAUCGCUAUUGUCACAGCCAUUUCCCAGCGAUUGCCCCACCAAACAGUCUAUCAUGCCGGGUUCCAAGCCAUUCACCGUCGAUCUCAAGAUCGAAUUGCUUGAACUCUUGCUGGAGCUGGCAGAGGAUUGGGUAGAUGGCGAUGAUCCCGAUAUCCGAAAUUUCUGGCAUAUCGUCCAACGCGAGUUCCGAGGCGCGAAAGGAACCACAUGGGACGGCAGACACUUGGAGAUCAAGCUGGAGAAAGAAGAGGAGGCAUGGUUGGAAGAGCGUGAGGACCCGAAUAUGAAACGUCGGCGUGGACAUGAGGAGGGAUCUCAAUAUGACGUUCUCAUGGGGAAGUUCUCCAAGAUCUGGAACGACUUUCUCAAGAGACAUUGGCAGUUCAUGGUCGAUGCUGGACUGGAGAAGUACGAGUUGGUGCCGGACUGGGUACGGCCACAUAUCAAACCACCUGCAAAGCCAAUCAACCCCGCCAGCAAUUCGACGUCAAGCACGUCCCAAUUUCCGCCGGAGGACAUGGUCGUCGUCGCCGAUGGAAAGUCUCUCAGAGAAAUCGUGGACGUUGCGAUUGAAAAGGCUCUGAGCAUCGGCAACGAAGAAGUUGCAGAGAACGUGCGUCAGGUCUACGCAGAGUCUUUGGCGAAUCCACACUUGAUGCGAUUGCUUAAGGAGCUACUCACACUACCUACGAGCGUGGAGCGAAACAAAGAGUUCUCGGCGUAUGUCAAGGAGUUGAAGAGGAAUCCGAGACCUAGUCAAGCGCACGCUGCUAUAUUGUUCCCGAAAAAGCCAAGUGCUCCGCCAACCUGGAACUUACCGGCAAACAAUUCACAUCGUGUCAACGGCAAGCCAUCGAAUUUCGCACCUGCUCCGGCUGUGACCACCCAGGUCAAGCCUCCUGUGCAGAAUGCAGCGCCGAAGAAGAGUCAGCCUGUGGUCAAAGCUGCUCCAACGGUCAAAGCUGUUCCGCCAGUCGUCGAGAAAGCAGCGACCCGAUCAACUCCGGCCAGUAACACAAAAUCGGCCAGCAAAGCCAAGUCUACCAGCAGUCCAAAGUCGGCCAGCAAAUCGAAAGCACCAAGCAAGGACAAAUCGCACGUCAAAUCCUCUGGCGACUUCGUGCACACUUCGCCUCCUGCCGACAUUUACACCCCACAGAGGUACCUUAUUCUUGGAAACCUGCUGUAUGCCCCUGUUGUUCAUCAGAUUCUUCGAAAGGCGCCUUGUCGGAGCAACGCCGAACUUGAGCUUUUGAAGAAGAUUCUGACGGAAGACCCGAAAACCACAACUGAUCUCGUCGCCCUGGCUAAGAGACUGGAGGCUGAGCUUCGACAGUAUGAUAAGGACGGCAAGGACGAUGGCCAGGCCGGCGCUGGAGCCUCGCGUGAUGAGUCAAGUGUCAAUUUGUCAAAGCGGCGGCGAGAAUCUCAGUCGUCUUCGGACGCGGCGAAGGAGGAGGAUCUGCUGGAAGCUCAACGCGCUGCAAAGCGUCGAAAAGUCAUCGAGAAUGAUCGCGAUGUCGAAUGGGGAACGAGCCGUCGCGGUCGUAGUAAGGCAAACAAGAACAAACGCAAGGACGUCAAUCGCAGCAACGACGAUGAUGAGGGAAGCGACUCAGAAUCCUCAGAUGAGGAGAUUGAAGUGCACAAGUCUGCUUACGUUGACGAGAUUUUGCGCAAACGCAAGGAGGAAGAUGCGCGAAAAGUGAUUGAGGAGCAGUAUGGUCCAGUCUCGCCGACGGAAGCUGGCGAUGGCGUUGAUGUGGAGGACUGGGCAUCGAUGGCAUCGCCAACACUACUGCCAGCAGAUCUCGAAGACGCUAACGAAGCACCGACUUGCCCAACGACUCGAUCACGCGCACGGAAUCGAGCACCGAUUCCACCUCCUCCAGAGCGUGCGAGUGCCAGUAAUGAGGCUUUACAGCUCAUCUCGGCAGCCGCAGCCAAUGCUGUCGCUAGGGAUCCUGGCAUCGGCCGUCUAGAAGCCAAGCUCGAUGCGCUUUUGAAGAACAAGGUACCACAUCCCUCCUCGGCCCUCAAAGCGGACGCGAAUGGACGUCAGGUGGAACGGACGGCAACUGAGCUGGCAGCAUCAUGCGAGUCAACUUUGGCCAGCAUUGCAGAAAUGUUGCGCAACUCCGACCAUGAAUCCCACAAUCCUGAGCUUAGUGUGGCCAUCUUGCAGCUCACCCAGAAUGCGACCAAGUCUGCCAGCUAUGCAGCUCAAGCCGCCGAGAGUGCUGCGAAAAUGGCUCAAGAUGUCGGUGUGGUGUUGCAGCUGAUGGCCAGCAAGACUGCAGACGAACAACCCGCUACCCCAUUGAGCAGCAAAGAAGAGUGA